GAAUCAUUCACCCACAGUUAGACAGAUUAAAGCGAUCUCUGUGCUGGAUUGAACAGUGCGGGUCCCCGAUCAGGUUUACAGCAGAUGAAUCGGUGAUCAUCAGAAUGAAGAAGAGUGUGGAGGUGAUGAAGAAGAUGUGAUGGCCUCCAUCUGAACAGCAGCAGCUCACACAUCGAGCGCAACUUCGCUGUAUCAUCGCUCGGUUUGGGAAAAUAUCUGAUUGUGGGCGAUACGCUGCUGAGUGUGCUGUUAUGAGACGUCUGUGAGCUGAUGGCGUGUGUUCUGGCCGUCCGGGCGGUCAUGCCUCCUCCGUCUGACAUGGUGAAGGUGGCCAUCGAGUGGCCCGGAGUAAACGCUCAGCUCAUCGAGAUCGACCAGAAGAAGCCGCUGGCGUCCAUCAUUAGAGAAGUGUGUGAUGGAUGGUCUCUGUCCAGUUCAGAGCAGUUCGGCCUGCGCUACGCUGACGGACCACAGCUGUACAUCACUGAGCAGAACCGCGGGGACAUUAAGAACGGCAGCAUCCUCAGGCUGGCCAUCUCUCCUAUGCGAGCGGCUCGACAGCUGCUGGAGCGCAUCCAGUCUCAUGGAAUAGACGCGCGUCUGGAGGCUCUGAAAGAGCUGGCCAAGCUCUCCGCUGACCCCAGCUUCGCCACAGAGUUCAUCCACACAGAGGGCCUGGGGACACUGGCACGGCUGGUGGAGAGCGGCACACAUUUCGGGGAGAUGCUGGCCUUUACCCUCACAGCGUUUCUGGAGCUCAUGGAUCAUGGCAUCAUGUCCUGGGAUCUGAUAUCGGUGUCCUUCAUCAAACAGAUCGCAGCUUACGUGAACCAGCCCAUGAUGGAUGUGUCCAUCCUGCAGCGCUCCCUGGCUAUCCUGGAGAGCAUGGUGCUGAACAGCCACAGCCUUUACCAGCGUGUGGCCCAGGAGACCCCGGUGACCCAGCUCAUCACACACCUGCAAGUGUCCAAUCAGGAGAUCCAGACGUACGCCAUCGCCCUCAUCAACGCCCUGUUCCUCAAAACCCCAGAGGACAGACGCCAGGAGAUGGCGAGUACACUAGCUCAGAAACACCUCCGCGGAAUCAUACUCAAUCACAUCAUCCGGGGAAAUCGACCAGUCAAAGCUGAAAUGGCUCAUCAGCUGUACGUGCUGCAGGUUUUGACCUUCAACCUUCUGGAAGAACGCAUGAUGACCAAAAUGGACCCGAAUGACCAGAAACAAAGAGAUAUCAUCUUUGAACUCAGAAGAAUUGCGUUUGAUGGAGACAGUGAUCCCAGUGGAACAGAAAAGAGGAAAGCCAUCUACACUAAAGACUACAGGAUGCUGGGCUUCACUAAUCCUGUGAAUCCUGCUAUUGAUUUCACUCAGACACCACCAGGAAUGCUGGCACUAGACAACAUGCUUUACCUUGCCAAAGUGCAUCAGGACACGUAUAUAAGAAUUGUUCUAGAAAACAGCAGUCGAGAAGAUAAACAUGAGUGUCCAUUUGGUCGCUCUGCCAUUGAGCUGACGCGCAUGCUGUGUGAUAUUCUACAGGUUGGAGAACUGCCAAAUGAAGGGUGUAAUGACUUCCAUCCCAUGUUUUUUACCCACGAGCGUGCUUGGGAAGAGUUCUUCUGCAUCUGCAUACAGCUGCUCAAUAAGACAUGGAAAGAAAUGAGGGCCACUGCAGAGGAUUUCAACAAGGUGAUGACGGUGUUGCGAGAACAGAUAACUAGAUCUCUGGCCAUGAAACCUCCGUCUCUGGAGCAGCUACGGGUCAAACUGUGCAGUCUCAGCUACUCUGAGGUCCUGCGUCUGCGUCAGUCUGAGAGAAUGAGCCAGGAUGACUUCCAGUCGCCCCCUAUAAUUGAGCUGCAUGAACGGAUCCAGCCGGAGAUUCUGGAGCUGAUCAAACAGCAGCGACUCAGUCGUCUCUGUGAGGGCAGCUGCUUUCGCAAACUUGGCAACAGACGGAGACAAGAGAAAUUCUGGUUCUGCCGUUUGUCGUUGAAUCACAAGGUCCUGCACUACGGAGAUCUGGACGAGUCUCCACAGGGCGAAGUGCCCUUUGAACUACUCACCGAUAAGAUUCUGGUGUCGGACAUUAAAGCAGUGCUGACGGGGAAAGACUGUCCGCACAUGAAGGAGAAGAGCGCACUCAAACAGAACAAGGAAUUGUUAGAGUUGGCAUUUUCCAUCCUCUAUGAUCCUGACGAGGCUCUCAACUUUCUGGCAACCAACAAAUACGAGGUAAGUCUCAAAAACACCACUAAAGUCACAGUUCUGUUGGAAAGGAAAGAGUUCGACGACACAGUUUAGUUAAUUAAGACAAAUUAUUACAAUUGUAAUACG